AUGAGUCUGUUGAAACGAAAAAUCCCACUUGAUGAAAUUGAAGAUUUUAUUGCUGAAGAAGAAGAAGAGGAGGAAGAAGAAGAAGACGGUGGUUUAUAUGAGGAAGAUAAUGAAUACGUUGAACCAAGUGGAACAGCAACACCUCUUGAUGAGAGUGAGAUUCAACAUGUCGUAAAUCAAGUUGUUAGAUUGUUUCUUUCUAGAGAAUUGAAUGGCAGAACUACAAGACCAGAUGUUAUUAGAAAACAUAUUAAACAUAAUUUGGGGAGAAAAAUUACCACUGAAAAGUUAAUACAACAAGCAAAUAUAAUAUUAACAGAAGUAUAUGGAUUGAAGAUAGAGGAAGUCCCCACAAUAAAACAAGAGGAUAAAAAAUCAUUGAAAUCAAGAAAAGUUGCCUCAGAUAGAAAUCCUUAUAUGGUGACAAGUGCGUUACUGAGCAAAUCAAGAGCCAUUCUAGGGGAAUUGUGGAACCAAAAUUUAUCCCAGAGUGUGAAAAAGAUUGACAUUGGUGGUAAUAAAUUCUUUUUACCAAAAUAUUCUAUAACUUCAAUACCUGGAUCCCAUUAUGAGUUGGUCAAGACUGGGAUUAUGCUUGUUAUAAUUUCCCUUAUUAUAUUGAAUGAGAAUCAUGUUUCAGAGUCUGCAUUAUUGAAGAAUCUUCACAAGUUUGGUAUAAGUAGUAAUCUUAAUGUUAAAAACAGUAACUUUAACUUGAAUAGCCAGGACUUGCUUAAGGAAUUGGUGAACAAGGAUUAUAUCCUCAAAAAUGUCAUUAAGGGAAGAUCUGAACUGGAGAACAUUUUUGACUAUUCUAUAGGACAGAGAUCAUUGGUUGAAUUUUCACCUCAAGGAGUGUUUGAUUAUAUUAAAAUUAUAUAUGGAAGCAAGUUUGAUAGCACCAUAGCAGAGAGGGCGUUAGUUACCAUUGAAAGAGCAUAUGGGGUUGCUUUACACAAUGCAGAGGAAAAUAAUGAACGAGAAGGAUCAACUGAGGCCAACAGUCAAGACGGAUCAGAGUAG